GGCGCGGGAUGGGCGAUACGUACGUUAUGGGAUUUGAUUUAGGAACUACUAGCGUUAAAGUAUGUUUGAUUAAUAAAAUAACUGGGCAGAUCGAAGAUAUACAAUGGCAAGAAACAAACUCGCAAAUAUCUACAAAAUCAACUUCACAAAAUGUUAAAACGAUAUUUAAAGCGAUAGAAGAGUGCUGCGGCAGAUUGUGUGUGGAUAAGUUGGAUGGCGUGAAUGCCAUCGCUGUUUGCGGACAGAUGCACGGAUGUGUGUUUUGGAAACAAACUGAUGUUUGGAAUGAUUUAAAUUCGAGCAUCGAAGACGUUGAAGUUAGUUCGUUGUAUACGUGGAUGGACGAUCGCUGCCAUCCCGAUUUUCUCUCGGAUCUUCCUUCGCCUCAUUCCCACCUUAAAUUGAGUACCGGUUUUGGUUGCUGCACCAUAUUUUGGUUUCUAAAAAACCGUCCAGAAUUUUUAGCCAAGUUUAACAGAUGCGCUACCAUUCAAGAUUUAUUCGUUGCUUAUUUAUGUCGUUUAUCCGUGCCUGUCGUGUGUGACCAAAAUGCGGCUAGUUGGGGUUAUUUUGAUACUAUUUCUAAUACGUGGAAUGUAGAAAGAUUGAAAGAAUGUGACUUUCCUGUGAAUUUACUUCCUAUCGUUGUCAAACCGAAUACGGAAGUUGGAAUAACAAAAACAAAUUGGCUGAAUCUUCCGACUUCGUGUAAGGUCUAUGUUGCAUUAGGUGACUUUCAGUGUUCUGUGUUUGCAGUUAUGGAAAGUGAAUAUGAUGCAGUGUUAAAUAUAAGUACAUCAGCCCAGUUGACUUUUUUGAAACCUAAAGGAUUUCUCCCAUCCAUUCCUGUACCCAAAAAUCAGAUGAUUGAUUAUUUUCCUUUCUUUGACAAUCGCUACUUGGCUGUGGCUGCAUCUCUAAAUGGAGGCAAUGUUUUGGCCAGUUUUGUCAAGAUGUUACAUCAAUGGACCACUUUCUUAGGUGCAGAAAUUUCAGAAGCAAAUAUUUGGAAAAAGCUUUCUGAAAGUAAAACUGAGGUAGAAUCCAGCAUGGUUGUAGAUCCAACAAUUUUUGGAGAAAGAUAUAAACCAGAGAAACGGGCAUCUAUUUCCAAUAUUGGAUUUUCUUCACUUCAACUGAAUGAGGUAUACUAUUGUAUUUGCAAAGGACUUAUCUCAAAUCUGCAGUCUUUCAUUUCAGCUGCAACAUUACAAGAGAAUGGCAUUCAAAGAAUAUUAGGAAGUGGUAAUGCAUUUCUAAAAAAUGCAAUUUUGCAACAGGAGAUUAGAAGGCAAUAUAAUGUACCAGUUGUCUGUUGUGCUGGAAAAGAUGCAGCAAUUGGAGCAGCACUCUCCAUAGUUAAAAACCGGAAUUAAAAAUUAUAUGUUCACUAAUAUAAUUAUGAAAUAUAGGAGAAAUAUGUGUUUUAAUGUGAAGAAUUUUUAAUGAUUAGCAUGCAAUAUUAAAAUAUAUAAGAAGGUAUUCAUAUAUGUAAAACCAUAUGUAUGAAAACAUAUCUAGGAUGUUUCUGAAAUAUGUUGACAAACUUUAGACACGGAUUUUAUAUAUUUAAAUCUAAGAAAAAUAUUGAUAUAAAUGAUGCAUAGGAUGACAAAGAAUAUCAUCUUUAGGAGAGAGAGUGUUAAUUUUUUAAUUUAAAUUAUGUAAAUUUUUAUGGGAAAAUUUAAAAUCUUGCAUCAUUUAUUUGACUUUCCAUAAUGAGAGAGUGUUUCAACAUUAUAUUGUGAGCAUUUAUCAAACAGUUCACAAUGAUCUUGUCAUUUUUUAUAGUUAAGUUUUAUAGUUUCUCGACUAUAAAAAAUGACCAGAGUAGUGUGUAGAGGUAAGAGUACUGUAUACUGAUCAAAGUUUAGAUCAGAGUAUAUAUAACUUUCUCAAAAAAUAUUCUGAACAUUUUCCUAACUGAAUAUUUUUGUGUAUAAAAUAUUUUCAGAAAACUGUUUAUUUACUUGUUCUUGGUUAUAUGUAUUAUAUCUUUCAGAAACAUUCUAUAUAUUGUGGGGGGAAAAUGAUUAAAAUUGAACUUUUGAGUAUUUAUUAAAUCACUGUAUUGUGUAUCAGUAACAUUGCGUAUAUUAUUCCAAUGUCAUGCCAUCUGUCAGGUUGAGUUAUUGCAUUGCCUAUGAAAUGAUGAAGGCUAAUUGCAUUAUGCUUUCAAAUGAGGAAUUCAAAGCAAGUAAACAUUAAAAUCUAAGUAAGAAUUAUGUGAUUAUAAAAUUUAAAAAAUUUAUUUUGCUUUUACUUUUAUUAUUAGCAUUAAUUUUUUUAAGUAAAACUUUGCUUUGCAAAUAAUCCACUGUUAUCUGUUGGCAUGCAAAUUAUUCCAUUGGUACAUUUCAUAUUACCCAUACUGUUGAGGGGAAUAAUUUAUUUGUUCGCUAUAUUCAAUUUGUAUAAGAAAUAAGAUUUUGUAUUCUUCAGGAAUAUAUUAUUUUUCUAAAGAAAGGUUUGUGCUAAGUGUAUUAAAAACAAGUUGGAGUUGUGACAAAGUAAUUUGUAGGUGCAUUUUUGUUGUGCCAAUACAUGGAAGCACACAAAGAACAAAAAGUUAUUUUUUUAAACAACAGUGUACUGGGAAUUUUAUAGUAUUUUAUUUACUUUUUUUGAUAAAGUGUAUUAACUAGUUUGUAUUGCCAUCAAAUUGUUGAUUGAAAAUGUAAUAUAUGACUAUGUCACCAGUCACAAUUGAAUUGCAGCUUUUGGCAGGUAACUGUUUAUUUAAGCUGUUUUAAAUGCUAUAGUAUACAUUUGUAUGAUGUAAAUUGUAUCAUUGUAAGAGUUUUGUAAUAUAUUUGUAUCAGACCUGUUGGUCAGAUACAAACUGAUAAAUGAUAACUGAUGAAUUAUUAUAUUUUAAGCCAAAACGAAUUUUAGGUGGAUCAGAAUAAAAUCAUGAAUAUUUAUCUAAUAAAUUAGCUAUAAGAAAGUUUCAAUAUGUUAUUACCUCUUAUAAAUAACUAUUAUAUGAUAGUAAAAGAUUGGGCUUGAUAUAAUAGAGGAUUAGAAGCUUAAUAAUUGGUAUAAAGCUGCCCAUUAUGAAUUCUAUCAGACCCACAAUGAGACAGGCAGAUGGUGAAGCAGGGCUCAACUUAUCUAACAGACCACCCCAAAAAACUCCUGAGGAUUUGUGACCCAUCCAGGUGUUGAUUCCAAGUUCCCAGAGUAGUUGAUUGUUGUAUUAUCACUUGGCCAUCUGGCUAUCAAAAAUUAAUAGUAUUGCUUUUUUGUUGUCAUCAAUUGUACAUUUUUAGCAAAAUCAUUCUUGUUAAAUUCAAAUAAAUUUGGAUUUUGAAUUUUAGAUCAGUGUGCUUUUUCAUCUCUGCCUCAAAACAUCACAAUGCAGCAUGACAUUGGAACGUGACACACAAUGUGAUAAUUUAAUUAAUAAAUACUAUUUUCUUAAAUUAAAAAUACUUGUUGUAUUCUAACAUUAAAAUAUUUUGGGAAUUUGAUUGAAACUGUAAUAAUUUUUAUUCUAAAAUUUGUUAAUAUAAUAUAUAAUAAAUUUUAUGUUAAAAUAAAAGUAUUUUACAUAAAAAAUAGAGAUUUUUAAAAUUUAUAAUACUGCUUUAUUUCUGAUUACACAAUUAAUGAAAGUAAAUUAGUAAACUUUUAUUGCAUUUUUAAGAGAAUAAAUCUUGUCAAUUAAAGUAAUUUUAAUUAAA